AUGAUGUCAGAAUGCGACCCGACGGAGAGCAGCUCCGAGCCCGCACCGGACACCGCGGCGACACCGGGACCCGUCCCGGAGCCCAGCCUCCCCUCCGCGGACCCUCCCAUGGCGCUGUUUGACAGGAACCGGACAGGCUUGGGGAUAAGCCCCGGACUCGCCGUUCGUAUCUCGGGCUCUUGUGAGAGCGUCCUGACCGAGCUGGAGACGGACGGCUCCGGGGAAGAGGCGCUGCUGCUGCCGUGCUUAGCGGGAAGCUCGGCGUCUCCCCGGGGAUCCCGAGAGAAGCGCAGCCGGCGGAACCGGCACAGCUCCUCCUCGGAUAAGGACAACCUGGCCUCCCCAGGUACCAACAGUGGGGACUUCAACCAUUUCCCCGAAGACCCCGAGUUCGCAGACAUCAUCCAAAGGGCGGAGCACGCCAUCGAGAGCGGCGUCUUUCCAGAGAGGAUCUCCCAGGGAUCCAGCGGGAGCUACUUCGUCAAAGACACGAAAGGGAAAAUUAUUGGAGUUUUCAAACCAAAGUCAGAGGAGCCGUACGGUCACCUGAACCCGAAGUGGACCAAAUACUUUCACAAGCUGUGCUGCCCGUGUUGUUUCGGCCGAGGCUGCUUGCUACCGAACCAGGGCUACCUGUCGGAGGCCGCCGCCUCCCUGGUCGACACCAAGCUCGGCCUUGGAGUGGUUCCCAAAACCAAGGUGGUGUUCUUGGCCAGCGAGACGUUCCACUACAACGCCAUCGACAGAGCAAAGUCCAGGGGGAAGAAGUACGCCUUAGAGAAAGUCCCCAAAGUGGGCCGACGUUUCCACAGAGUGGGCCUGCCCCCCAAGGUGGGCUCCUUCCAGCUGUUUGUGGAGGGCUACCGCGAAGCAGACUACUGGCUGCGGCGCUUUGAAGCCGAGCCGCUGCCGGAGAACAUCAGGAAGCAGCUGCAGUCGCAGUUCGAGCGGCUGGUGGUGCUGGACUACGUGAUCCGAAACACAGACCGAGGGAACGACAACUGGUUGAUCAAGUACGAGAAGCCAGGAGAUGGAGGAGGAGGAGGAGGUGGAGAAAAGGAUGCAGAGUGGCCAGAGAGCUGCCCCGACUCCUGCAUCAAGAUCGCAGCCAUCGACAACGGCCUGGCCUUCCCCUUCAAACACCCGGACGAAUGGAGAGCCUACCCGUUCCACUGGGCCUGGCUCCCUCAGGCCAAGGUGGCCUUCUCCCAGGAGACCAGAGACCUGGUGCUGUCCCGCCUCUCGGACAUGAACUUCGUCCAGGACCUCUGCGAGGACCUCUACGAGAUGUUCAAGACAGAUAAAGGCUUCGACAAAACAAUGUUUGAGAGACAGAUGUCAGUUAUGAGAGGACAGAAUAGCAGCUUCAACGUGUAA